GUCCUCAUAUAGGGUUUAGACUUUUGUGACGGACGACGACGGAGACGCAGAACGAGAGGGAGUGAAGGAGAUGUGUGGAAUAGCUGUGAUUAUCUCAGGCAUUCGUAUUGAUGCAACAUCUCUGCUUCUCGAUUCCGUACCUCCAGCGUCCGCGUCCAAGGCCGAGCAACUGGUAUUCUCCAUAGAUGAUCUUAAAGCAGCUCUACAGAGAAGGGGUCCUGAUAGCUUGGGUAGCAAGAAGGUUUUCCUUUGUUCAAAGAAUUCAGGCUCUGCCGUGGAGCGACAAAUUAUAUCCUUUGUUGAGGAAGAAGAGGCAAAAGAAAGGGGCGAGUUGUAUUUGCAACAUCUUGAGAAUAAAAAUGAUUGCUUAUUUGAUUCAAAUGGACAAACACAUGAGUUAGAAAAUUGUUUUAGCAUGCCCAAAUUUGUGGCAGAACUUCACUUUAUUGGUGCCACCUUACAGCUCAGGGGUGUUAAUCCUAUUGUUCAGCCCUUGAUGGAUAUAUCUGGGAAUAUUCUUGUAUAUAAUGGUGAAAUAUUUGGAGGAAUUUACGUUAACGGUGAUAGCAAUGAUACUGAAAUUCUUAUGCAAGCUCUGGGAAAGUGCUGCUUCUGCGAAAAAACAUGCUCUUGUGAUGAAAAAGGACAAAAUUCUGUUCCAGAUCUUCUUUCUACAAUCAAGGGGCCAUGGUCUGUGAUCUACUGGCAGGAAAGUUCAAAGACCCUGUGGUUUGGUCGAGACGCAUUUGGUAGGCGGAGCCUUCUUGUUCACUGGCCGACUUUGGAGGACAAUCGGUUCCUGCUUUCUUCUGUAUCACCAGUUUCUUCCACUGAGCAGAGCUCUGGUUUUGAAGCUGAAAGUGGAAUUAACAACCUCAAUUUCUGGGAAGAGCUUCCAUGUGGGGUAUACGGCAUAUCAUUUGAUGCUCCAAAAUUGGAUGGGUUUCUGGUUGGUGAAGUCAGAAAACAUGAAUGGAGGAAUGCCAUACUGAGAGAAUUGCUUGAUUGGGAGAGAACUUCUGUUGGACCCAAACCUGAAGAUUUAUACUUUUCUCUUUCUAAGACUACUAGAGAGCAACAUGAUAUGCAUUCAGCCAGUUCAGGGCCUAUUCAAUUUUCAAUUUCAGAGCCAGCACAGACUGUGCUGGUUGCUUUAAGGGAAUCUGUGAUGCGGCGCACUUCACAGCAUAGAAUUUUUCAGGCAGUUACCUGUGAUAUGAGACAAGGGGAACUUGCACCAGUGGCAGUUCUUUUCUCUGGUGGAUUGGAUUCUAUGAUACUUGCAGCAUUACUGGAUCAAUGCCUCGAUCCCAGCUAUGAGAUUGAUCUACUUAAUGUGAGCUUCGAUGGUCAGUCUGCUCCCGAUAGAAUCUCUGCCAAGGCAGGAGUAAAGGAGUUGAGAAGAAUUGCACCCUUGAGAAGGUGGAAACUUGUGGAGACUGAUGCUGAUUUAUCGAAAUUGGAUUUUGAAACAAAGCACGUCAUGUCACUAAUAAAUCCUGCAGAUACUUACAUGGACCUUAACAUAGGAAUAGCUUUAUGGCUGGCUGCUAGCGGCAGCGGUUGGGUGUAUGAAGGAAAUAACAAUAAUAAUGAUGAGGAUCUUGAACGUAUUAAAUACAAGUCCAAGGCCAGGAUUGUCCUUGUUGGUUCUGGUGCUGAUGAGCAAUGUGCUGGCUAUGGUAGGCACAGAACAAAAUAUAGACAGGAAAGUUGGCUUGGUCUACAUGAGGAAAUGAAACUGGACAUGCUGAGAAUUUGGAAGAGAAAUCUAGGAAGAGAUGAUAGAUGUAUUGCUGAUAACGGGAAAGAGGCUAGAUUCCCUUUCUUGGAUGAAGAUGUUAUAAGGACUUUGCUUAAUAUUCCUUUGUGGGAGGUUGCCAACCUUGAUCAACCUAGUGGCACCGGUGACAAGAAGAUUCUAAGAGAGGUUGCACAAUUGCUUGGUUUAUAUGAAGCAGCAGUUCUGCCUAAAAGAGCAAUUCAGUUUGGUUCAAGAAUUGCAAGGGAAUCAAAUCGGAAGAACUUUGGUAGUAACCGCGCAGCGAAUCAGGCAUCUGCAGGAAGUGCAGCAAUUCACAUGCCACCAAACAUGACUUGAUUUAUUUGAACUGGAGAAAAUCAUAAUUCCAUCUUUACUACUCAAAAGUAUCGGCUUCAAUAAUACUCUCGUUUAUGCUUA